AUGGUGUUCAACGCCGUGGGCGGCGGCACCGGCUCCGGACUGGGCUCGCUGCUGCUGGAGCGCCUGUCGGUGGACUACGGCCGCAAGAGCAAGCUGGGCUUCACGAUCUACCCGUCGCCGCUGGUGUCGUCGGCCGUGGUGGAGCCGUACAACUCGGUGCUGUCGACGCACGCGCUGCUGGAGCAUACGGACGUGGCCAUCAUGCUGGACAACGAGGCCAUCUACGACAUCUGCCGCCGCUCGCUGGACAUUGAGCGCCCGACGUACACGAACCUGAACCGCCUGAUCGCGCAGGUGAUCUCGUCGCUGACGACGUCGCUGCGCUUCGACGGCUCGCUGAACGUGGACAUCACCGAGUUCCAGACGAACCUGGUGCCGUACCCGCGCAUCCACUUCAUGCUGAGCUCGUACGCGCCCGUGAUCUCGGCCGAAAAGGCGUACCACGAGCAGCUGUCGGUGGCCGAGAUCACCAACAGCGCGUUCGAGCCGACGUCGAUGAUGGCCAAGUGCGACCCGCGCCACGGCAAGUACAUGGCGACGUGCCUCAUGUACCGCGGCGACGUGGUGCCGAAGGACGUGAACGCGGCCGUGGCGACGAUCAAGACGAAGCGCACGAUCCAGUUCGUGGACUGGUGCCCGACGGGCUUCAAGUGCGGCAUCAACUACCAGCCGCCGUCGGUGGUGCCGGGCGGCGACCUGGCCCGUGUGCAGCGCGCCGUGGCCAUGAUCUCGAACACGAGCGCGAUCGCGGAGGUGUUCUCGCGCAUCGACCACAAGUUCGACCUGAUGUACGCGAAGCGCGCGUUCGUGCACUGGUUCGUGGGCGAGGGCAUGGAGGAGGGCGAGUUCUCGGAGGCUCGCGAGGACCUGGCCGCGCUCGAGAAGGACUACGAGGAGGUGUCGGCUGAGACCGCCGAGGGCGAGGGCGAGGACGAGGAGUUCGGCGAGGAGUACUAG